AGACAACGAGCCAACGGGACAGACAAGCCAGUUAGCUAGAGAGCCCAGACUUCAGACAUAGACCACGGCAAGACUUAUCAGGAUCGAAUCAAGCAACAACCUCAUACAAUACCUUUCCUGCCCGGAAGCACCGAUUGGCCGUUUCAUGCCCUCAUCGUCAACAACAACAACAACAACAACAUCUGAGAGAACAAGAGCAUCCCACCCCUCGAACAACACCAAAUCCCCAGCCGAUAUGUCGUCUCAGCCAUCAUACACCACCACCACCACCACCACCACCACCGCGGCCGCCGACAACCAGGCACGGCGCAGCGUCGACGCCGACGCCGCCUCGGUCGCCACUACCUCGUCCCUGUCCAGCCGCAUAACUCUCCUCAAAGACAAGCUCCACCACAAUCACCACCACUCAUCAACCUCAGUUUCCAGUUCGAGAGAGGAGCAGGAGAGGAAAGAGAGCGUGCUGCGGAAUCAGAUCCGGAUGGGCGUCUGAGAUCUAUUUCCCUUUUUAACUCUUUUUGAUGAUGUUAUGCCUUUUCGUUUUCAAGAGAAGGGAUGUGGAAGAAGGAAAACGAGAUGAUGAUGAUGAUGAUGAUGAUGCAGAGUAAUAAAAACAUGAACUGCAAAAGGGGUUGGCGGACGGUCCCCAUUGGCGGGCAGGGAGGAGGGGACCGCGCCGAUUAUUAGGAGGAUCUAGAAUGAGUGGAUGUUCGACUCUCUAGGACUUAGAGAGAGUUGCUCAGAAAAAAAGGAGAGGGAGAGAGAAAAACUCGGAUAGCAAUUGGAGGAAAGCACUAGUAUUUUGAUUCU